ACAAAUUGCAUGGAAAUAAUAGUAUUGGUGGCGCUUCCAGCCAACUGACUACGACCGUGUAUUGGAAGGGGGUCUGUUGAAGAGGUUUACUUUACACACACACACACACACACACACACAGCCAUGUCCCCAUCCAUCCCCCUGCAGGAGAUGAUCCGGGCCAUCAGGUCGGCCAAGACCCAGGGCGAGGAGCGAGGGGUGAUCCAGAGGGAGUGUGCUGCCAUCCGGGCUCAGUUCAGGCAGACCGACAACGGGGGACGAUCACACAACCUGGCCAAGCUGCUCUACGUGCACAUGCUGGGCUAUCCAGCCCACUUUGGUCAGAUGGAGUGUGUUCGUAUGAUCGCCAGCCCUCGCUACAGCGAGAAGCGCGUGGGAUACCUGGGAGCCAUGAUGCUCCUGGACGAGAAGCAGGAUGCCAGCCUGCUCAUCACCAACUCCAUCAAGAAUGACCUUUCCCACAGUAGCCAGUACGUGCAGUCUCUGGCUCUGUGCACGCUGGCCUGCAUGGGCUCAGCUGAGAUGUGCAGGGAUCUGGCACCAGAGAUCGACAGGCUGCUGCGAGCUUCCAACUCCUACAUAAAGAAAAAGGCUGCUUUAUGUGCCGUUCACAUUGUUAGAAAAGUCCAGGAUCUAGGAGAGCUCUUUGUUCCCGCUGCUCGCUCCCUCCUCAAUGAGAAGAACCAUGGCGUAUUACACGGUGCGGUGGUGCUCAUCACCGAGCUGUGUGAGCGGAGCCCAGAAACGCUGGAGCGCUUCAGAAAGUCAGUGCCGUCUCUAGUUCAGAUCAUGAAAAGCCUGGUCAUUUCGGGUUAUUCUCCUGAUCACGAUGUGUCAGGGGUCAGUGAUCCCUUCCUACAGGUACGCAUCUUGAGAUUGCUGAGAGUCCUUGGACACAACAACGAAACAGCGAGUGACGCCAUGAAUGACCUCCUAGCUCAGGUGGCGACGAACACGGACAGCACCAAGACCGUGGGCAACGCUGUGCUGUACGAGACUGUUCUCACUGUGCUCGACAUCAAGUCCGAGAGUGGCCUCAGGGUCCUGGCCGUCAACAUCCUGGGAAGAUUCCUCCUGAACAACGACAGGAACAUUCGAUAUAUUGCCAUGACCUCUCUUCAGAAGAUUGUUGGAACAGACCACAAUGCAGUUCAGCGGCACAGAGGAACUAUAGUAGACUGCCUAAAGGACCAGGAUGCAUCUGUCAAACGGCGUGCUUUGGACCUCUCCUUGGCUCUGGUGUCAGCCUCCAACAUCCGCUCCAUGAUGAAGGAACUGCUGAUCUUUCUCUCCUCCUGCCCCCCCGAGCUCAAGGCUCAAGCUGCUAACGGCAUAUUCUACGCUGCUGAAAGGUAUGCACCUUCCCAGCGCUGGCACAUUGACACCAUCCUGCAUGUCCUCACCACGGCAGGGGGCGACGUGAGAGAUGAAACGGUGCCCAAUCUGAUUCAGCUCAUCACCAAUACCUCCGAGUUGCACUGUUACACCGUCCACAAGCUGUACCGGGCUCUGCUGACCUACAUCUCUCAGCAAUCUCUGGUCCAGGUGGCGUGCUGGUGUAUAGGAGAGUACGGAGACCUGCUGCUGAGAGGAGACUGUCAGGAGACUGAGCCUGUGCAGGUGACGGAGGACAAUGUUCUUGACGCCUUGGAAACAGUCCUGCAGUCGCACAUGUCGUCGGCGAGCACCAGAGGCUUCGCUCUCACCGCCACCAUGAAACUGAGCACACGGAUCAACGACAACGUGGAUCGGAUCAGAAGCAUCGUCAGCAUCUACGGAAGCUGCAUAGAUGUGGAGCUCCAGCAGAGGGCAGUUGAAUACAAUGCUCUCUUCAAAAAGUAUGACCACAUGAGGGCUGCAGUGUUGGAGAGGAUGCCUGUGAUCGAUAAAAACUCCCCAGGUCAGACCAACGGAGAGCCAGGAGGAGAGACCAUAAAGGAGAUCCAGCCCCUCUCAGUCAGACAGGGAGACGCAGUGACCCCACAACAGCCCGCCAAUCAGGUGUGUAACCUGUUGGACUUACUGGGGGACUCCCCGGAGCCUCCGCACCCAGCGACACCCGCCCUCUCCAUCACGACAGCUAACUCUGCUGGAGGAGACCUCCUAGAUCUGCUGGGUGGGCUGGAGCCCACUCCUGCCACACCAGCUCCCACAGUGACGGUGUAUGAGAAAGAUGGUGUGACUUUGACGCUAAGCUGUGAAAAACAGUCAGAGACGGCGCUGACGAUCACACUCACAGCCUCCAACUGCACUGAUUCAGACAUCAGCAACGUCACUCUGCAGGCUGCAGUGCCCAAGAGUGUGCAGUUAAAUAUGAAAGCCCCCAGCAGAGACUUUCUUCCUGCACGAGAUGCAGCAAAAAUGAUUCAGACGGUGGUCCUCAACAGCCCGAACAUGGUUAAUCUGAAAAUGAGGAUCCGCAUCUCCUACACCAGCCAGGGGUCAGUUGUUCAGGACACAGUCCAGGUUGACUCAUUCCCUGGACUCGGCGCUGCUGGACACUGAUAGCUGCCGGUCAAUCCAGAAGGACCACGGUCAUUUGAAGGAGAAAAAUAACACAUGCACACUUCUAAUCCAGGUCAUUUUGAAAAUUCAUCUGGUUAUCAUCAGGUCUUAAAAUGAUGUAAAUACAACCUCUGAUGAGCAGCAUAUCAAGUAUUACACUGUCUAAUUGUUACUACCACUACUGUCAUUUAGCAGACGCUUUUAUCCAAAGCGACUUACAUCUGAGAGAACAACACAAGCACAAAAUCACACAGUUCAGGUCCAGCUGGAUCAGUGCUGGUCAGACUGGUGGGAGUCCAGUUGCACACAGGUGCUGCCACGCCAGUGCUAGAGCUGUUCCCAUCCCACCCAACCGAAUAGUCCUUUUAUUCAGCAAUUCUAGGUCUUACAUUCACCAUCAUACUUUUUCAUAAGUGGAUGCACCAUCAUAUCUUGUCAUAAGUGCAUGCAGCUUUCUCAGUGCUGAGUCUUGCAAAGAGCUGGACAAAUCUUCUAACUAAUUCUGAUGAGCAGAGAGAAGUUUACUAGAUGCAGAAAUGCUCUUUAAAGAGUCUUCAGCUUGCUCUUAAAUGUAGACACAGACCCUGCAGAUCAGAGAGUUUGGUAGGUGGUUCCACCAUCGGGGAACAAUGGAGGUGAAGAGUCUUGCUACUGAUUUCAGGCCACGUUGUGAUGGAAGCACCAGGCGUCUUUCACUGGCUGAGCGGAGCUGUGGAGAGGGAGUGUAGCUGGAUGAAGGAGAGAUGGUAGGCAGGAGCCGUUUGGGUGAUUGUUUGAUAAGCCAGAAGCAGAGCUUUGAACCUGAUGUGCACAGCAACUGAAAGCCAGUGCAGAGAGAUUAGCAGCGGAGUAGUAGUACUCCGCUGCAGAAGUACAGAAUUGUUUGAACAUAUAAGAACCUGUCAUAUCUCAGCAGCUCAGAGUUGUCUUUAGCUGCUGCAACGUAGCACAUUUGUUUUCUGUAUAAUUUUGAUCAUUCUUACACAGUGUUGUGGAGAAAUCUUGGCCCACGCGUCUUAAAAAAGUUCCAUCGAUUCAUUGAGAUUAUUUUUAACCUUCAUUUAUGCACAGCUCUCGUAUGGUCCCGCCACUUUAAAUCUGGUCUGCACUUUUGAAACAUUUAUUUUUUCAUCCAUUUUUUUGUAGAUUUGCGGGUGUUUUCGGAGUUGGCGUCCUAUUGCAUGACCCAGUUUUGGCCCAGCUCCAGCUGCCAGACAGAUGGCCUCAUAUGUGACUCACAUUUGUUCAGAUGUAACUUUGCAACCUGGGGCAUUCAGACAUGGGGAUUUUAUUUUCCAGAUUGCCAACCCUUCAAUAUCUUUCCACACACUUCUUCUGCAUUUUGGCUUAGUUUUUGUACAAUAAAUACAUACAUGGUGUAAUAUGUCACAUAUUGUUGUUCAUCUGAGGUUGUAUCUAGUCAGUUUUAAGAAAUAAGGACUAGAUGAUUUACUCGAGUCUUAAGCCUUAGAAACAAAAGAGGCUGAACAUUCUUUCAUGACUGUAUGUGGAUGAAUCAGAAAGCAUCUUUCCAAUCUUUCUGAAAUGUAUGUUUUUUUUUUUGUUUCCUUGGAACACUUCUUUCACAGAAAGUGACAGUUUCAUUUAAGGAGCCGGUUGUUGUUUUGCUCAGCUGUAACACAAGCAUUAAUGUCAUGGUGGUACACACUCAGGAAUACACAAGUAUAAUAUGGAAAAGCAUAACUCUAUUUUUGGAGGGUGUGGCGGUGACAGUCAUGGAUACAACUGUUGUUAAAUUGUGGUUAUUUUUGAAAGUUUAUGAACUUUCUUUUGUACAUUUCUGUACAAAUUUGACUUAAAAUAACAUCAGCUUAGUAAAUAUAUACGACCCCAGAAAAAAAAACUUUAGGCCAAUAAGAUUUACUUAUUGAGGCCAUUCCAAAAAAUAUACUCUUAAUUAUUUCAUUAAUUUUAAAUAAAGUGAGAUAUUUACAUGGUUUGGGCCUGUUUCAGUGCAUGUGGGACAGGACAGGUUGCCAUCAUCAGGCAUCAUGACGGGAAGAACUUGAGCUGUUCAGCCAAAGAAUAGUUAAGGAGGAAUAAAGUUUUCAUUUUUUAAUGGCCUCAGUUAUAAAUAACCAAGUGCAUUUUCUGCAGUGUAAUUCCAUGAACUAGGUUCUCUUCAAUUAAAUUAUGUUUUAGGUCAUAUUUUGCAGAUUUAGAUUAAUUUUGAAGGUUCACAGACUGAUCACGUUCAAGUGUUUCACAAAAGUAUUUUGCCGUUAGAUAGGUUGUUUGUGGCUUCUGUCAUUAUAAACCUCAAAAUCAUUGCAGCACUCCACUUGCACCCUCUCAGCCCUUACCUCCCAAACUAGGAAAAUACCAACUAUUCAGCUUCUACCAGUGUUUGCUUUUAUUGUAUGAUUACAUUUGAUUUUUUUCUUUUACUGAGAACACAGCCAUGAGGUUUAGACCAAAAGUUGGAAGAGUUUUAACACAACUUUAUACCUUCCCCUGAGCUGAGAAUAUGCAGCUGUAUACUCCUGAUUCAUUCCCCUGUGCCUUUUAUUACUUCUUAAAAUAUAAUUAUAUCACCUUUUAGUGACCAAGAAGUGACAUUUCCUUUUUUCAUUCCCAUACAAGCAACAAUUUUUCUAACUUUUCUAUUGUUUACAGACACCUUAUCUAAUUUAUUUAUGUAGACUUUUAUUGUUAUCAAAGGAGAAAAAUGGGCACAUUACUGCCACAAGAUGUAUAUUUUGGAUAUUAAAUGUCUGAGUACAAUGGAAAGUUAAAUGUAAGUAACAAAUCUUUGUUGUCAAAGGAAGCGCUGCAAAUGAAUCUUAUGGUAAAACAGUCAUAUUCACAUUAAGUUCAUUCAUGUUCACUGCUUUUAAGAAAACACACUAGAUACAAGAUAUCAGUUAUGGUGCCCUUAACAGGUUUCGGUUGAAUUUAUUCAGCUUCAUAUCACUACCUUGAAUAAAAUGUAAAGAAAAGACCAGAGAGAAUAUUCUGUCAGCUGUUUGGAUUGUCUGUGGGUAUUCAGUUGUUUUCUAAUAAAAGAAAAUUCUCAGGA